GGCUACGUCACUGCACGUUGCCAGCGACAUCGAAUAAAUUUCAAUGGAAUAUUCGCAGCUCGUACGCUUGUCAAAAUAAUUCAAUACCGUAUAUCUCUAUCAACAAAGAUUAAAGCGUUAAGGUACUUGUUAUUAUAUUAAUAGAAAUGUUAUUCACCGUUAUGAUUUUAAUUGCAUGGAUACCCUGUGGACAUGGACGAGGCAGCAGGAAUGACGUUUACACGACGAACAGUCACAGUGUCGAGGAAAUUGGGAACGAUGUUUUUUUUGAAAUUGUUCAUCCACCGGAGUUGCAGUUUACUUAUAGGGUGAGACCGGCUCGAAGUUUGGGAGCAAAUUUUAAUUCAAGUUUUUCGGAGAAAAACAUUGCUCUCAUUCCGACAAUACCUUCAGAUUGCUGUAAACAACCGGACAAUGCCGAUGAUUUAUUCGGGGCAGUUGCAUUAAUCGAAAGGGGAGGCUGUACCUUCAGUAAGAAAGCGGCAAAUGCUGAAAAAGCUGGCGCUAAAGCUGUGAUUAUUUCAGACCAUAUACUUAGCGUCGAGGCAGACAGAAAAACUCCCAUAUGGAAAGAUCACAUGUAUAUCGACAUGGACGCUGGGGGAGAUAGUUCCGGUGAUAUUAACAUUCCAGCUGGUUUUUUGUUGGGUAAAAACGGCCGAAUGAUUAGGGAUACUUUGAGACAAUUGAAGCUUCCCCAUGCGAUUAUCAAUAUACCGGUAAAUCUCACUUUCACACCUAGGCAUGCUUACAACAGACCGACGUGGGUUCAUAUAUAAGUUGAGGAGUGAAGUCGUAGAACGCAUUCGUAAAUUCAAUUUUUAGUGUCAGAUUUUUUACUCUUACGUUUUUUUCCGUAAAAUGCAUAUUUUUUUUUAUUGUAAAUCGAAUGAAAAAAAUUAUUCGAAAUGUCUUGGGGAGAUCCAAGUAGUUUGAGUAUUUUUUCUCCAGUGAAAUGCUUUUCUAAUUUUGGAGUUGAACGUCAAAGCUUUCAUUUGAGGCUCAUUUGACCCUGUUCCCGGACAUUUCACAAUUAUUUUAUUAUUUAAAGUUUGCAGAAAAUAUUUUAAACAUCUGAAAAAAUUUAAAGUUUA